GUUUAGAGCUUUGAAAGAGCAGCGAUUAAAAAAGAUGCAGCUGGACAACAGCCUGUCAGUCAGAGAAGAGGACGGCCUGGAGGCAGAUGAAGCUUUGGGGAUCAAGGGCUCUGACCCAUCUAAGUGGGAGGACAACUCGUUUGAAGAGCGAGUGAGAGCUGUAGAGGAACAUAAAUCACUGAUGGAGAACAGUCGGGUCAAUCACAUGGACCCACUGGAUCCCUCUGCAAAUUUAUUGUACAAAAGGCACGAGAGAGCCAGUAGCCAAAGCGGGGUGUACACCGAAGAGGAGGUGGUUGUGAGAGAGAGGCCCAAGUCACUGGAGGAUCUCAACCAGAAAAAAGUGGUCCGUGCAAAAAGAGAAAGCCGGAGGAUGCGAGAACUGGAACAGGCAAAAUUCAGCUUGGAGCUGCUCAAGGUUCGGUCCACCAGUGGGCUGUCCCCUUCAGAAGAGCGACGGUGGUCCACCGAGCUCGUGUCUGAGGCACUCCAUUCCCCUCAGGGAACCCCGGAGAGCGAAAGCUCUCAAGGGAGCUUUGAGAUGUUAAGCUGUGAAGAUACCCCAAGUAAUAAACUCGUUCCCUUCGUUUUAGACGAGCAAGAUGCGCAGUCGUUGGCCGCUGACUCCUUGCCUAACAGUCCCCAGGCUCCUCUGCAGAAGUCUUUCUGUGCAGCAAAUGUGAACAGCAAUUUACCUGUUUCCAGAAGGAUGCCUUCAGACUUGGAACUACCUGAUAGCCUCAACAUGAAGGAGCGCGUGGUCUGUGACCCCCAGACCCUCAUAUACAAGGCGCAUCCAAGAGAAACCUUCCUUUCCAGCAAUCUGCCUACCUUCUACAUCCCACCACAAGACAACCUGAAGGUGAAGCUGAUGGAGAACAACCUGAGGAACAAAGCAGUGGAAAGAGGAGAGAGGACAGUUACGUUUUCUGAGGGCAGGAAGGAUUCUGAGCCAGACCAGAGCGGAGCCUUGAGAAGGGAGGAAGAGGAGAAGUCCUCUCCCAAGAGAGGGGAACGUGGGACAGCACCUGCGACACGGGCCCAUUCUCCUGACUCUGUCAUCGAGAGACUGGAAAAGCUCAACGUGGAGAAGGAGGAACGGCAAAAGCAGCUUCAGCUGCAGAACGAAAGGGAGAUGAUGGAGCAGAUCCGCCAGCAGAAGGAAAUCCUGGAGAGACAACGCAAAGCCUUUGAACAGCAAGGGAGAGUGGAGGCUUUGCAGAGGGCUGAGCAGAGCAGAACGAAGGACCCCUCCUUCAAGGCAACCAAAAAAUCAGACAGCCGGCCUCAGUCGGUCCUCAUCCUGCACCCCCAGAGCCGAGGGGAGCACAGCCCCACCAUGGGUGGGACUCCAACCUCAUCGGUGGACAUCAAAGGUCUCACCGUUGGGCCCAGAGGAAGCUCUCCAGCCCGCAGUGCCCCCAAAGACAGACCUGUCAGCAUGUUCAUGGAGCGACGAGAGGGUCAGUCAGGAUCGACGCUGGAACCCCAGGGCCAUUCCAGACUGGCUCUGGACCCCAGGGACCUCUCGGGCAGCCACUUCUCCAGGACGGAGCGCCUCCGGCAACCCCGAAUGCCCAACCAGGCUGCUGAGGAGACCAAGGCAGGCACCAUGUUCUUCACGCCAGAGGACAAUCCAUUUGGCCUACACAGAGAAGCAAAUCAAUGCCUUUCCAAGGGUGAACUAGCCAGGAAACAGUUUAAGAUGCCAGGCUCUGGCAGAGGAGAGGUUCCCAGACCGAGCCAUAAAAAGAAAGCCCGCAUGGCGCGGACACGCUCCGAUUUCUUGACUAGAGGCACUUUUGCUGAUGGGGAGGGGGACACGGAGGAAGAUGAUUACGAUGGCAAUUUUGAGUUCCUCCUCUCCUCUGAGCAACCUCCUCACCCUGAGGAGGUGCCUGCAGCCUGGCUGGGGCAAGCCUGUUACAGUGACUCCGAAAUGACAGUGCAGAGACUCACCUCUGGAGAAGGCCAAACAAAACUGCACAAAACCAUGUCUCAGGGGGAGAUCGGGAAGCUGGCAGCCACGCAGAAGAAUCUGACUCCAGAUGGGAGGCCUCAGCGAGCCAAGAUGAGGUUCUGGGUGAAGGGAAAGCAGGGGGAGAAGAAGACUUCACGGGAGAAGCUUGCUACCCAGUCUGAGCUGCUGGAGCUGUAUGCAGAGCAAGAAGCCCCAGGCCGGGAGGUGAUUUCUGGCUUGCAGCUAGGUGAAGACUUGGGUCCUCACCACUUGACCCCUCCACGGAGUCCUGAGCUGUCUGGUAUCUACCGACGGGAGUUUAAGGAGAACAAGGAGCCCUCUCCCAAAGUGAAACGCAAGCGCAGCGUGAAGAUCAGCAACGUGGCCCUGGAGCCCAUGCAGUGGCAGAACGACUCCCUGCAGAUCAUAACCAGUGCUGGUGACUUGAAGAGCAUGGACGAGUUUCUCUUGAAAAAGAUGAAUGAACUGGAUAAUGAGGACAGCAAGAAGGACACACUGGUGGAUGUCGUCUUCAAGAAAGCAUUGAAGGAAUUCCGACAAAACAUCUUCAGCUUCUACUCCUCAGCAUUGGCGAUGGAUGAUGGGAAAAGCAUCCGCUAUAAGGACCUCUACGCCUUAUUCGAGCAGAUUCUGGAGAAGACCAUGAGGCUUGAGCAGAGGGACUGGAGUGAGUCUCCAGUUAAAGUCUGGGUCAAUACCUUCAAAGUCUUCCUGGAUGAAUAUAUGAUAGAAUACAAACCUCUGGACUACACCACGGUGAAGGUGCCAAAAACAGAACGAAAAAAGAGAAGGAAAAAGGAAGUGGAUGUGGUGGAAGAGCACAAUGGUCACAUUUUUAAGGCGACCCAGUACAGCAUCCCCACCUACUGUGAAUAUUGUUCCUCCUUGAUCUGGAUAAUGGACAGGGCUUCUGUUUGUAAAUUAUGUAAAUAUGCUUGUCACAAGAAGUGCUGUCUUAAAACCACGACCAAGUGCUCCAAGAAGUAUGAUCCCGAGCUCUCACCUCGGCAGUUUGGCGUGGAGCUCUCACGGCUGACCAGCGAGGACCGAGCAGUGCCGGUGCUGGUGGAGAAGCUCAUCAACUACAUUGAAAUGCACGGGCUGUACACAGAGGGCAUUUACAGAAAGUCAGGGUCCACCAACAAGAUCAAGGAGCUGCGGCAAGGACUUGAUACAGACAUUGAUAAUGUGAAUUUAGAUGACUACAACAUCCAUGUCAUCGCCAGCGUGUUCAAGCAGUGGCUCCGAGAUCUGCCCAACCCUCUCAUGACCUUCGAGCUCUACGAGGAGUUUCUGCGGGCGAUGGGCCUCCAAGAGAGAAAGGAGACAGUGCGGGGAGUGUAUUCGGUCAUCGACCAGCUCUCCCGCACCCAUCUCAGCACCCUGGAGCGCCUCAUCUUCCACCUGGUGAGGAUUGCCCUCCAAGAAGAGACCAAUCGCAUGUCAGCCAACGCCUUGGCCAUCGUCUUUGCUCCCUGUAUCCUCCGCUGCCCCGACACGACAGACCCACUACAGAGUGUCCAGGACAUCAGUAAAACAACCACUUGUGUAGAAUUAAUCGUCAUCGAGCAGAUGAACAAAUACAAGGCCCGUCUGAAGGACAUCAACAGCCUGGAGUUUGCAGAGAACAAAGCCAAGAGCCGCCUCUCCUUGAUCCGCAGAUCAAUGGGCAAAGGACGCGUGCGACGCGGGGCCUACCCCAGCCCGACAUCUCCCGUCGCCGUGCGCUUGCCCUCGGUGACAGAUGUCCCCGAGGAGACCAUGAGCAGCGAGGAAGCCAUGGAGAUGGAGGUGACAGAGCAGCAGCAAGUGGCCAUGCAGCAGGAGGAGAAGGUGCUGACUGAGCAGAUUGAGAGCCUGCAGAAGGAAAAGGAGGAGCUGACAUUCGAGAUGCUGACGCUGGAGCCCCGCGCCUCCGAUGAUGAAACCCUCGAGUCUGAAGCCUCCAUCGGCACUGCCGACAGCUCCGAAAAUUUGAACUUUGACUCCGAAGGAGCCAUCUCCGAUCGCUCGGAGAGAAGCGUAGCACUUACCUCCCUGCGUCCCACCAAGGCGGAGGGGCCAAGCCGGCUACGAAGACACCCCAGGCCACGGCCCGACCCAAUGGACCCAGCUGAGCCCACCAUCUUCUUCUCUUCCUCUUCCUCCCAAUCGUCCACUUCCUGCUUGCCCCACCUACCCCGGAAGCGCUUCCAGAUGUACUCCAAAUCGCCUUUCUACAGAGCGGGGGGAUCUGGAGAACCCCCCGAAACCCGAGCGAGCCCCGAGGGCUUUGUGGGACCUCUUCGGUAUCCUGAGGACCGGCCUCAGUUCACCACCCGCGGGACGUUCAACCCGGAGAAAGGGAAACAGAAACUGAAGAGCGUGAAAACCUCCCCCCCAAAAACCAAAGAGCCUCCAGAUGGGGGGACAGGGGGGGGACCCUGCAAGAGGAACCCCGAGGCUGACUGCGCCACCACCCAACCCCUCGUCCUCCUGGGGAGCAACGAGUUCAUGGUGUGA